AUGACGGGUGAAAAUCUUGGAGUUUCUGUUUUUCCCGAAGGGGAUAGCAUAUUUAAUUGGAUUGGAACUAUUGAAGGUGGAAAAGGAACAAUGUACGAGGGUCUAUCUUACAAGCUCUCUUUACGUUUUCCGAUCGAUUAUCCUUUCAAGCCACCUCAAGUUAAGUUCGAGACAAUGUGCUUUCAUCCGAACGUUGACCAAUGUGGAAAUAUUUGUUUAGACAUCCUUCAGGACAAGUGGUCAUCGGCUUAUGAUUGCAGAACCAUUCUUUUGUCUAUUCAGAGCCUUUUAGGAGAACCUAAUAUUGAUAGCCCUCUCAACAGCUCUGCCGCUUCACUUUGGAGGAACCAGGAAGAGUACAAGAAAACUGUGCGUAAGCAUUACAUGGCUGGAGAAUCCUUCGAGAUCUGA